CAUUUUUUUUUAGUUUGUUGUUUGUGUAUCUAUAUAUAAUUUCAUUUUGUCCCGAAACGGUUAUCUGAUGAAAUACGUGUGAUUGUGUUUCCAACUUGUUUCGUUUCAAGUUCAACGAGAAUAAGUUUGCAAUCUCAAAGAUGGCAGGUGAACGGGUCCGAGAAGUUUAUGACGAGAUUAUUGACAUGGCAGCAUUCCGGCGUAAUAAGUCCACAUGGGAGAAGGCACUUGGGGACCUCACAAAGAAGUCUGCGGUUCAGCAGGUCGCCAUUGGUGGAGGAGCAGGAUGGUUGUCAGCUUACUUGUCUGUGAAGGUUGGCAAGUCGGCAGCUCUAGGUCUUGGUGCUACAAUAGUUCUUGUCAGGAUUGCCCAGCACCAAGGUUACAUCCAGAUCAACUGGAAUCGGGUUAACCGGCAUGUGGAGCAAGCCCGGAGAAAAGUGGAGAGAGAAGCUGCCAGGAAGUGCCCGGGCAUUGUUGACAAUGUAAAAACAUUUGUUCAACAGAAUGUAUUUCUUGCUGGAAGCUUCGCAGGUGGUUUCUUCAUUGGAUUGGCAUUUUAACAUUGAAAGGACUACUGUAUUACGCUGUAAAAUAUUGACUUCCGUGGAAGCAGUUUAUGUGCAAUUCAUGAAUCUGAAUGAGAGAUUUUAGUGUGAUAAGUCAGUGUUUCAAUAUCGUGCCAAUAUUUGUAAUCAUGUAAAAGACAGGAGCUCUGUUUCUUGAUCUAUUAGAAGUAAAGUGAAAUUAUUAUAGUGUCACAAGCAUGUUGGUUUGCAAAAUGUUUGUAAGCACUGAAGCCAGAAUUCAAGUUGAAAACAGGGUUGAGGAAACAAAAAAGUUCACUUGUUGCUAUCUGUGAUGUUUUUACAAAUUUAAUAUUUGGUUUAUUAAGUUCAGCUAUAAAAGAUUGAAUUUAAAAAUUUAGAAGUUUGACUAUGAAGGAUCAAAUUUAAUAUUUUGGAAUCUCAACUAUUAAACUUAAGAUGGAAUUUAAUAAUUAAGAAGUUUGACUAUUUAAAGCUGCACUCUCACAGACUUACGGUUAAUUGUUCAUUACGGUAUUAAAUCAAUAAUUUUGAGAAAAAAUAUCGAAUAUUCUACAUGUUAAAAAUAAAACAAAAAAAAACUAAGAUUUGAACAUCUGUGAUCUGAUGUUUUGGUUCCCAUGCAUUUUCGCAUACAUUGACAUGUUCCAAGACAAAAUUUAAAAAAGUUGUCAAAACGUUCAAUCUGUGAGAGUGCAGCUUUAAGAUCAAAUUUAAUAUUUUUGAAGUUUAACUAUUAAAGGUUGAAUUUAAUAUUUUUGAAAAUCAGCUAUGAAAGAUUGAAUUUAAUAAUUUAGAAGUUUGACUAUUAAGGCUCCAUGAAUGAAAGGGCUGUUGUUCAGUCCUCUUUAGUUUGCUCCAGUAUACUAAGUACUACACAAUACACUAUGAUAUACAUUGUCUUCUCAAUAAUUAAAAGUAGAUAUUUAUCUAGGUACACUCAAAUUAUGAAAUGUUUUUGAAAUCUACAUGUACCACAAAUCUGCAGUUUAUUUUAUACUUUCAAUUAUGAUCUGAUUGAACAUUUUUGUACUUAAUUACAUGUAAAUUACAAGAUAAUUCACGGACAAUUUUUGCAUUUUUUUGAACUUCGGUAUAAUAGUGCUUUAUUCAAUCUGGUUCAAGAAAUGGUUAAAAAGAACAGAUUAUUUUUACAUGUUAACUUCAUAUUUUUAGUGUUCCAUAUAUAUACAUAAUUAACAAACAUAUGUAAAUGAUCACAGCAGCCUUUUGAAGGUAGACUCAAUAUUUUUUUCUGUCAAUAUUUUCAUUUCAUCUUAAUGUGAUUAACAACCUUCUAUGACAGUGGACAGUGGACCUCCAAACUAUUUUAUAUCUCCAUACUAAGAGUUUUGACUUUUUCUUCAUCUUUUGAAUCUGUGAUUAUAAUUUUAAGUGCUAAGCAAUCAACUGGUUUAUAUCAUGUUCUCUUUAAUAAUUGUUAAGCAAUGAAAUUGUCUAACAAAGGUAUAAACUUGAAAUCUACAUGUUUGCUUGUGAUGUUAAAGCUGCACUCUCACGGAUAGACAGAAACUCAGAAUCAGCUCAUACUGUCACCGAUGCCUUCAAUUCAGUCAUGUUAGAUGACUCACAAUAGAACAGAUCUCAAUUAAUUGGAAAACUGUCAAAUUUUUCAUUUUUCUUAGAGCCUUAGUAACGCUUUUAGCAAUAAAAUGUAAUUUUCGAAUGUAAAUAUAAAAAAACUGUGAUCUGAUCAUCAGUGAGUAGUUAUGUAUCAUUGGUUUUCUCACAUUAACGCCAAAAAUGGCUCAUUUCAAGACAAUAUAUACAAAAGUAAUCAAAAUGGUCGAUCUGUGAGAGUGCAGCUUUAAAAAAGUUCAGAUGUCUACUUCACUUUGUUUAAAGCCUGGCAAGUUUCCAGUGUGUGAAAAGUACAUCGUAUGAUAAAAUUUCAUAUACAAUAUUAUAUAAUUUCCAGUACUUUGCAGUAAAAUAUUAUGCAGGCGCCCGAGUCAUAAAUUGAAAAUUUGGCAAGUAUUUAAUUUAUUAAAUUGUGCUCGAGAGCCUUUGUUAUCUGUUAUGGUUUUUAAAUAUUUACCUGGGGCAUACCUGUCUCAUUGAAACAUGCCCUGCUCAGUGACUAUUCUGUAUUAUGUAGAGUGUUAAUAAAUGAUGUGCAUUAUGAUGGUGAAUUAAAGCUAUCUGAAACUUGCCUGGCUUUACAAGAAAUUAAAACAUGUAUUACAAUGAAACAGUUAUAUAUUAUAUGUGCACUGGUGCAUUGUUUUUCGAAAAAUCUAUGUCUUUGAUGUAUUUUCUUGAUACUCUUAAGUCUUUAUUUGAAUGAAGAUGUGUAUUUGUCCUCUGGGAGAAAAAAAACUUGUAAUUUA